GAGGUAGGGGCCGGGAAGGUGGUGAAAAAACAGCCUGUGAACCAGUGUGCACGUGCUGGAGGGACGGACCCGCGGCGGUGCUCAUCUGUCCCGCAGGAAGGGUAUAUAAGACCCCGAGGGUGGCCCGCCCCGCAGUGGUCAGGGCGGCGCGCUGUGGUGCUCCUGUGUCACGUCCUGUGUGCACCUGCGAGUGUUGCGUGCACCUCAACCUUCCGCGCGAGGCCUACAGUGUGCACAAGGAAAUAUUGUUUUACUGCCUCGUAUAUUAUCCAUUACCUGGCGUGUGUUGCCCGAGACGUCUGGCGGCGGGCCGCCUGACACGCAGCCGAGACGCGGCGUGACCCGGCGUUGGUCCGCGGCCGACAUGAGGCUGCUGGCGCCGGCUGUCGUGGUGGCCCUCGUGGCCCUGGCUGCUGCAGAUGACGCCGAGCCAGUGUGCGCUAAGACCUGCAGCGCCUCGGAUGAUGGCUCGGGGUUCCAACCAUGGCACCAGUAUGUGUUCGUGUACCGGGGGGAGGCCAGCACUAGCACCAGCACCAGCACGGGCGAGCACCAGCAGCACCAGUCGACCCUGAGUGUGGCGGCGAGGGUCGUGGUGACUGCUGGAGCCUCGCCUUGUGACCUCAGAAUGCAGAUCCCGAGCUUGGAGAUGCAGGGCGAUUCGUGGUGGCUCACGCAGGCUGUGCAGGCCCACGACUUGUACUUCAGUUACCAGGGCGGCCGCGUGGAGGAGCUUUGUCCCCACGAGGAGGAGGUCCCCGCCGCCACCAACUUCAAGCGGUCCGUGUUGUCACUACUGCACACAAGCAUGAACCUCGACAACCCCAAGGACAAGCUGAUAGUGCAGGAGAGUGACAUCGCAGGGGAGUGCAGGACAGAGUACCACCUCAUGAUCAGGGGGGAGGACAAUCUUGUGUUCAACAAGACCAAGAACGACUGCCUGGCCCAACACUCCCAGCUCCCGCACCUCCCUCACAGCCCUGCACCCUUCACCCUCCCCCUGGCAGCUCCCUUCUUCAGGAGCAACCAGGAGUGCCUCAUGGAGAGCCAGAGGGGCGUGUGGAAGAGUGUGGAGUGCCAGCAGCAUGUGAAGGUGGAUGGCCCUCUGGCACCCUCAGAAGGACCCAUCUCCUUCACCUUGUCCUCCAGUCUUGUCCUCGAGACGUCAAGGCCUGAAAGGAGUGCGCACGCCUCGCACCAAGAACAAUGGGCAAGAAGAGAGUCACUGAGGAUGAGCCUUGAGGAGAGGGAGGAGGCGGAGGAGGAGGGUGUCAGGCAGCCCCAUGAGUCUUCCCACACCCAGACACAGGCUGCCGAUGCCUUACGUGCGCUGGCAAGGAUGGAGGAGAAGGAGGAGCGGCCGCGUGUGUUCGGUCACCUGGUGGAGCGUAUGAGUCGCCUCGACCAGCAGGGGGUGCAGGAACUGUGGGACACCUUCAGCGAGAUGGAAAACCACAAGGACUUCAUGCUGGAUGGCUUCCUGGCAUGUGACUCUGGGCCGUGUGUGGGGCUGGUGACGCGCCUGGCAAGUCUUGAGCCAGCCACACUCCCACCUGCCACACUGUCCUCCUGGCUGGCAGCAAUGCACCUCCAGUCCCAAGCUGACCCCUCGUCCAUCACUCACAUUAUGAGCCUGGUGGAGAGUCAUCUUGGAGUGAGGGAGGCAGCAGUGAUGGCAGCCUCCAGCGUGGUGUUCAGAGCGUGCCAGAAGAACUCCAGUGCCUGCCACACUCAUGCCCAACCCUUCCUGAAGCACAUUAGACAGGAGGUGGGUGAGGGCUGUGAGUGGGGUCAGGACAAGCAACAACAGCAGAGGGUCAAGUUUGCCCUGCAGGCGCUCGGCAACGCUGGAGUGGUCCCAAAAGACAACUUCCCACAGAGAUGCUAUAAGAACAAGCUGCUGCCAACGGAGCUUCGCGUGGCAGCCCUGCAGACCCUGAGGCGUGUCGGCUGCCAGGACUCUGAGGCUCCGUGGACUGUUCUGGAGGAUGGCCAAGACAGUGUUGAGGUCCGCCUGGCUGCCUACCUGGCCCUGCAGCCCUGCGCCGCCGUCGCUCCACGCUUCUUCCUCCGCCUGCAAACACUGCUGGAGAAGGAGGAGGUCAACCAAGUGGGGUCGUUCAUCUGGACCCACGUGCGUAACCUGGCGGAUCAGCCCGGGGCCAGCCAGGGGGAGCAGGAGGUGGCUCGCCUGGCCGCCCAGCUCACCCUCGACAACAAGUUCAACACCAAUGGCUUCCAGGCCUCCAAGAAUUACCGGCUGGCACAGUUCAGUGACACACUUGGCGUCGGAGGCAUCGUCGACGGGGACGUAAUCUUCACCCCAGAGUCUUACCUCCCACGCGCCGCUGCCGUCAACCUCACGCUGCAGCUCUUGGGCAAAUCCGUCAACCUGUUUGAGAUCGGAGGCAACUUCAAGGGACUGGAAGACUACGUUGAGAGGUUCUUUGGGAAGGGAAGUUACUUUGAGAACGAGGAGAUUCAGAAACUGCUCCAGAACCUUCGCCCCAAGAGAGACGCGCGUGACGAGAAGCUUGAGGAAUACCAGGCGCUGUACGACAAGGCCAAGGAGAGGAAGGAGGCCGUGGAGGGAGGGGAGGAGCCAGCGGCCGCCCUGUACCUGCGUGUCUUUGGCGAUGAACUGAUGCGCUCGGACAACAUCCUGACCGCUGAUCCUCUGAAGGCCAUCCAGGAGGCCGUCCAGCGACUCUCUUCACAUAAGAACUUCCAGGUCAUGAGUCAGGAGUUUGUGACGCCCACACUCCUUGGCUUCCCGCUGAGGCUCAAGUACAACAUGUCCGGCUCGCUCUCCCUCAGCAAGGAAGGCAGGUUUGAUAUGGCGGGCCCGGGGCAGCUGUUACUGGAGGGGCGGCUCUCCCCCUCUGUGACCGUGGCCGCCGAUGAAACGUUCCUCCUGGAUGGCUACGGGAGCUACAGCGGCAUCAAGCGGAGCACCACGCACCACACACACACUCAUCUCGGCGGGAAGAUCAGCAUCCGCGGCGGCCAUCUUGUCGACAUCCAGCUGGACCUGCCUGAGACGGAGGUGAUGAAGAUCCACUCCUCCGUUAAGGUCACUGUGUAUUCCAAUGCCGACCAGGGGUGGAGCGAACCGGCAACGCAGACGCCGCCGCAGACGUCUGAAGGCUGCUCGUCCAAGGCUCUGAGUGACGCCAUUGGGCUCCAGGUCUGCAGCAGGGAGACUCAGGCUACACAGCUCACCAUGGGGACCUUAGCCGACGCCAACCUUUACGAGAGGCAGAUUGUGGUGACAAAAUCCGACAACUUUGAUAAAUUUGUGUUCUCUUUCCGAAACACCGCAAGCAACAUGGAGGCUGUUUUUGACACCCCCGGCUCCUCCGUCGACCGAAGAGUCAGCGUUGUGUUGGACAGUCGCGCCGACGGUGUGGGCGGCACUGUGGAGGUCCCCGGCAGGCAGGUGGAGGGCCAAUACCGCUGGUCCUCGACACUUAAAAGACUGGCACUCAAGUAUUACAAAGACUCGCAGCCACAUGCAGAGUUUGACGCCUCCCUGCAGAGUGAGAGGGAAGGGCCGGGUAUGAGGCACACGUCCCUGCUGGUGGUGGCCCUGCCUGGCCUAUGGGAGGUGAAGGCCAAUGGCUCGCUGCUCCAGGCACCCGAGAGUCUGUCCUGGGAUGCCACCUUCAUGUCCAGCUUCCAGGAUGACCCUCUGGCCACACAAGGCAAGUGGGAGGUGAUGGAGGAGCAGCACCAGGCCUCGGCACGGGUCAUGAUGGGGCAGUACUUCGGCUCAGCGUCCGGGAGCGUUCUGUGCGAGGCGGAGCUGACGGUGGUGGAGGCCAAGUGUGAGUACGGGUUAGACGGAGCGCAGACCGACUCUCUUGCUCUCAGCGCUCGACUGACGGAGAAGAUGGUGAACGGAGAGAAGUCCUUGGAGGGCCGUGUGUCUGUGCAGUCAAGCCAGGCGGAUGCGGGGCUGACCGUGGAUGUGCUGCACCAACCUGGCAACACUGCAGCCAAUGCCAGCCUCUCCCUCAGCGGUGCAAAGAUAAACUCAACCCUGGUGUCGAGGAACAUUGGCGAGGGAGACAAGAGGGACGUUGAGAUGGCCUUCAGCGUGUUCAGUCAGCAGCUGGCCCUGGACUACCUGGGCCGUGUGCUGUACAAGGCAUCGGAUGGAGCUCUCCAGGCCGAGGCCGAGGCAAGGCUUGGCUCUCUGGGUCACAUGAAGCUGUCACUGAGCCACCUCCUGCAGUGUCAACCCUUCCACGCCCUGGCUGGCAUCCACCUGGAACUCAAUGACCACCUGCUUCAAGCCAGCUACAAUGUGGACCUUAGCAAACCCGGCCACAAGGAGAUAAUGGUUCAUAGUGCAGUGGGUGCCGCCAGCGCAGGGUUUUACGCCGAGGUCGACCACGCCCGCACCAAGCCCUUCCAGAUGCAUGCGAAGGUGUUUGGCGGCAGGGACGGCCAGCAGGUUGGCGCUGCGCUGCACUCCACCUCAGACGCCCAAUGGGAGGCCUUCAGCGGCUCUGCGGAGCUGACCUGGUUUGACUGGUCCUCUGAAGUGAGACACGAAGCCCUCUGGAGUGAUGGCUUGCAGGAACUCAAUCUCUUCAGUGGCCAGAAGUCUUUCAAUAUAGCGCACAGGGUUGCUGGAAAGGUGCAGGAAGAGAGCCUUGAGAGCUAUGGGGCCAUGGUGAAGGAUGGGGCCGAGGUGCUUUUCCACAUCAGAGGCGCCUUGCUCAAGGAUCAACAACACUCGCCCUUGGGGAAUUAUACUUUUAAUGGAGAUCUCAUCCUGCUGAGGAGUGAGCUGUCGGUGUCUGGCACGCUGAAUCAGUCAAACACUCAGCAGGUGAAGGCCGAGGCGGAGGUCAGACUCACCCUGCCUGAUGCCCGGACCUCCGAAGUGCUCCUCACUCUCUCGCACGCCUUCGACGGAGCCAUCAGGGAAGUUAAUGUCUCGUCUACAUCCAGCGGCCUCACCUACGAAGGACAGUUCAGGCUGGUGCGUCGCCACGGCUGGUUCUCCAAUGACUCUCUCAGCCUCAGCGUCAAUGUCUCCACGCCUGUCACUCACCUCCGCUCGGCCGCCCUUCUGCUGGAGACUCACACGGACCCCUCGCUGGUGGACUUUGUGGAGCUGGAGGUGGAGGACUUCAAGAUUCGCGGGGAGGCCCAGAUUGGGGACCCCACCAACCUGUUUGACGUCAAGCUCCAGUACGAGGCCAGAGGGAGUGUCUGUGAGUCCCACGCCCACCUCUACCACAAGUUUGUUGACGGGAAGUACCUCACGGGUGCCACUCUCAGCCCCACACAGACACAUGACCCUUGGGACCUGCGCGUUGUCACCCUCCUUGGCGAUACUCUUGGCAGGAAGUCCAUGGAAGUAGAGUUUGCAGCUCCUGUCUGGUCUCCGCCUUUCCACCUUCGUGCAAACUACAGCAGGUCAGGGAGUCACUUUGAUCUCCAGCUCCAGGGAGGCAUGGAGAGGCAGGCUUCCCUCACACUCCUGGGCAAAAAUGACCAGCAAGGCGACACUCAGGUCCUGGCUGCAACACUUGAGCUCCUGUCUCCGUGGACGUCUCCGGUGUUUGUGAAUGUGUCCCACCAGUGUGGGCAGCGCGGCCUCAACACAACCCUUGACCUCCAGACAUCGUGGCAGCCGCUGAACAAUGUCAAGGCAGACUUCAGUGUUACUUAUGUGAACAGUUCUUGUGUUGAGUCUCAUUUCCAGCUUACUCAUGAACAUUUAAAAGUCCAGAUGGACCUGACUCACAGGUUCACCAAGAGUGGACUCAGCAGUCAGCUGGAGUUCUCCGCCAACGCAGCAAGAGCCACCGGCAAGAUUGUGUGUACGUGGGACGAGAACUUUGUCCCCCAGAGUGCCACGGCACACCUUGCCCUGCUCAACAUGCUCAGCGAGCCGCUGGACCUCAACGCUUCCUUCAUCAAAGGCAUCAGCGACUACCACACACAGGUCCUCGGGUCUCUCGGGGACAGCCUGCUGCGGGUGGACCACCAGCUGCGGGUGAGCCGCCUCAUGGACUGGGUGAGCACCCUCAGCGUGGUGCUCCCCAACAGACAGGACGUCCUGGAGAGUGAAGCGACUGUAAAGGUCGUGCCAGACUUGACAUCCAUGAUGGUGAAAUUUUUCAUCAGAUCUCCGUGGACUGAGGAGAUAAAUAUGGAUCUGUCCUCACAAAGAGUGGACGCCCUGAGGGAGACAAAGCUGGCCAUGUCCUAUGGCGAGUCAUCCCUCGGCGAGCUGAUGCUGCAGACGCCGGAGCCGCUGCAUUGGCACCAGGCAGACGUGUCCCUCAGCGUGUCCUCCUCACACUUCACGGCCCUUGAUGUGCAAUGGAAGCACAGGUUUGGGGAGGAGACUCUGGCUGUGCUGGAAAUCUUUGUUGAUGAUGAAUUUUAUUUGAAAGGAGAACAAAAACUGGUUCUCAGCAGGAACAAGCUGACACAGAGGUUUGAGGAGUUCCAGCUUGCCCUCACACUCAACAUUCCCAGUAACAGUUUUGACUUUGAAACAAAACUUGCAUUUCAGUCUGACUUCCGUGGAGAGUUCCAGGUGGAGAGUGGCGACCUGCUGGUGCAUGUGACUUCCUUCCCUGAGACAGGGGAGAUCUUCACCCUGGUGAGCCAGGGCCCCGUGCAGGAGUGGAAGGCCACGCUGGUCUAUGGCUCUGACUCACCUUCCUUGCCAAACCUGAUUCUUGCUGUUGAAAAGGAUGACAGCAACAUCUUCACUAUUGAAAGCAAGUUUACAGAAGUCUUCCCAAAACUUGACGGCUCACUCACAAUGGAGGUGAGCGGCCACAGUGGUGGGCCCUCAAAACGUGGCCAUCUGCAGGUGACAGCAGACAUGUCCAGGAUCCAAGACUAUGAUUUCAAAGGAACAGCAAAGCUAGAGUCUAAUUUUGAAGGAUUUGAGAAGUUUUCAGUUGAGCUGAAUACAGAUGUCAACAUGGAAGGCGGCACUCUGGAGGGCAAGCUUUCCGGAGCUCUGGGCUUCAAUGAGUGGCACUACAAGACAGACUUGUUUGGCUCCCUUGAGCUGACGCACAACCGCAGCCUCGUCUACAGGAGCAAGUACACCCUGAUGCACCGGCAACAGGUGCUGGACAAGAAGGAAGUUGACUUGGUGUUCCAAGCUGAUAAAAUGGAAGCUUUCCUCGGCAACAUAACAUUUAUCCCCGGCCCUCAGGCGCCUCAAUGGGGCCUCUUCUUAAGCUACAACGGCAGGACAAAGGAACUCCAAGCACACGUCAUUCCCGGCAAUGCAAGGAAGUACCAGGUCAUGGCGCGCCUGGAUGCCAGCAUGUUCAGGGUGGACAGCCAGAUAGUGAGUGAGGAUGGGCAGCCGCCCUUCAAGGUGAUCGCAGGAGACGUGAGCUGGACCUUGAGGCGGCGGAGAAGGCUGAUCAAGUUGGACCUCAGCUCUGACUUCAACUUGAUCAAGACCGUCAAAGGCGUGAUCGGCAUACAGCGCCGGAGAAGGUUGGGAGUCGGUGCGAAGAUCAUGGUCAACGAAAAUGAAAUCAGCGGCAACGUUACCUACACCCCGUCGGGCCCUCGGAUCCCGGGGCGGGUGAGUGUGGAGCUGAAGAACGAGGUGCUGGUGCCCUUCAAGACAAACGUCAACCUGAGGUACUCGCUGUCGCCCGGCAGUGCAGAGACAAACCUCGCCAUCGACCUCAAUGAUAAAAAGGACUGGCUAAUAGUUGAUGCCAAAGGGAGCUUGCCGGAGUCUUACAUAACGUUGAAGCUUCCGUACAAAGACUUUGAAAAUGUUACUGUGUCCCUCAAGGUGUCCACCAGUCCAUCGUGGGGCGUCGUGGCCAGCGUGAUCAUGCCAAAGUUAUGCAUAAACAUUGAAGGAACUCUCGACCCUGAGCUGAAGUUUGCCUCGCUGAGCACCAAGGUCCUUGAAGGCUGCGAUCGCGAGCUCUUUGAUUUUGAGUUGUGUUACAGAUUCGACAGAGACUUCUUCAACCUGACGAGUCUUUGCCGGCUACAAAACUAUGGUCUUCUAUAUGAGGUUGCAGCAGAGGGCAAAAUGGAGGAGUUUUUGGAUGGCAAUCUGAAGGUGAAAACACAGAUAUAUAACAUUUUUUCUCUGGGCUUUGAGUGUUUAUCCGCCUAUGAUGAAGAUGAUGGCUGGUCCGUCACGAUCCAGGCACAGAACGACACCUCCAAGUGGACGCAUUUCCUCUACAACCACAGGAUCACAGCCAGCCAGAGUGACAUCAACACAAAGGUCAAUGAGCGGGCCUUGCUGUCCCUCAAAGCCCACUAUGACGUCCACAGCGACAGGUUUGAUGUGAACGGCACAGUGAGUCAUACAAUGUUCUACCUUCCAUUCAGCGCAACAGCAACAGCGAGUGGGAAGAUAGAGGAGAGGCAGGGAAGAAUGAACCUCGGUCUCUCCACGUCAUCUCCAAUAUUCUCCCAGGGCGAUCUCCUGGUCACAUUUGAAGCUGCCGAAAACAUAGAGGGAACAUUCAAGCUUUCCAGCAGCUUUGGCAAUGCUGAGGCCACUGUGGUCCUGAAGGAAGCCUCAGAGCUAACCUCCAUCACCUUUGACAUGAGUUCCAGCCUCCACACCUUCCAGGAGUACCACAUAGAGCUGACGCACCGGGUGGAAGGAAGCAGCCACCACAUUUCUGCCGUCAGCAAGCAGGACGGUGUGGAGCUAGAGCUGCGGGGCUCGCUCCUUGAUAAGGCAGAAGGCUUCCAGGCCUUAGUGAGCCUCAGGACACCUUUCAGGCCACUUGAAACACUUAACAUGACCCUUGAAUACCCUCGCCCAGACUCACCUCAAGGUCCUUACACGUUUGACAUGCAUGGGCUGGUAAAUGGCUACAGUUACGGGGUGACCUGUGACCACCAGCAUGACAACUCCUGGCACAGACAGAAGACAGGAGUGGUCAUCGUCACUCCUGGCGAAGGUUUUGGCAACUUUUCCCUGAGUGCAGAGUAUGAUGUGUCCAGUCAUGUCAGUGUGCUGCUGGGCACCUCUGAGGGAGACAUGAGCCUUAAGGCCAACUGGGAAAACCUCAAAACUCACUUCAUCCUGAGCAUCAACAUUGACCUGUCACAGUUUGGCUUGGGCAAGUAUGACCUGCACUAUGAACUUGCUCACUCGUCACAGAGGACUGAAACCCUUCGCCUUGAGUACAGCCAGGCACCCAUCAGCUGGGCACCCGGCAACUACACCGCCCAGCUCACCCGAGGAAGGAACAUGAAUUUUAUGGAGGUGAGAGUUGACAUAGAUGACCCCGGCUGGGCUGUGAACAAGACAGCUUACAGCUUUGGCUAUGACCUCUAUGCCAAGAAAAACUUGCUCAAGCUUCAGGGACAGUACCAGGACAUGACAGUGAGUGCCGUCAUAAUGCCAAAGAAUAUAAUGUCUCCUUUGUCAGGCAGUUUUAAAGUUCAGACAAACAUUGAGAAAUACAAAGCUGUGACGGGCUCCUGGAACCUGGCAAGGAGGUCUGAAGCCUUCCUGACCAAGGCAAAGCUGGACAUCAACGAGCAGACCGUGAUGUCCUUCAGCGGCCAGCUCAACCCUCGGCCGCAGGGAGCGUCAGCACCGUGGCAGGAGCUGGAACUUGACGUGCUGUUUGAGUCCUCGCUGACCCUGAGCCACCACUGGCACGCUGAGUACGAGGUCAGCACGUGGAGCCUGUCGUCCACCUACAAGCACGGCCUGGACCACUUCCACCUCAAGCUGCUGCCCAGACUGAGGCCCAGGGUGGGCACACUGCUGCUGACUGGAAACCUUCCCAUCAGAGGCGUGUCAGAGUUUGGCCUGGACCUGAGCUACAAGCUGAAGGAGGUGUACACGGCCAGCCUCACAGCCUCCCUCGAGGAUACGCACCUCAUGACCAGUGUUGAGCUAGAGCCCCGGAAGAGCUGGAGCUCCUUCAAGGCCUCCCUCACCUCCCCCUACUUGAGGCCUGUGAGGGCGUCCCUGCUGUGGACCUUCAAGGAGCAGCCGUGGCUGGUGGAGUCCACCGUGGCUUACGGCAAGAUGAGAGGGGAGCUGAAAAUCAAUGCAAACCCUUACGGGACCUUGAAACACCUGGAGCUUGAGAUAAACCUACCAUUUGAGUGUUUCCACAAGGCACUGCUGACAGCCAAGUACAGCACCAGCCAGGCAGGGCAGGGCCAGGCAUCAGCUGGAUUUGCUGUAAAUAAUCACACUGCAAAUGUUGAAGCAAAGAUCAAAUAUAAUAAUAAUUUCAAAGUGGAAAUCUCUGGAUGGGAAAACAUUUUUGGCACAGAGGGAGCGCUGGACCUGAGGUAUGAAGGUGUUGGCAGCCGACACACUGGGAAUGCUUCGGCGACGUGGGCCGGGCAAAAACUGUUCACUGUGUCUUUCACUGGUGACCCUCAAGGGAUUCAGCUGGACAUGAAGAAGGGUGAACUCACUUGUCUGAGUGCAAAAGUCACCUGGUCUCAAGUGGACAUACAAUUUAUGUGGAACAGUGAAACUUUCUUCAACAUGAGUGGCUCGCUGACACCACUCAAUGACAACUAUAACUUGGAACUCACAAUCAAGAGCUCUGAGACCCAGCCUGUGUCACUCCAGGCCAGCGCCUCCACCAGGGGCAGCCAGGAGGGCCGGGCCUUCCUGCGUGUGGGGGAGAGGGAGUACAAUGUCUCUGUCAGAGGGGACAUUGCCAAGUUGGAGUCAAGCCUUGAGUUUCACCUCCAGUCAUCGGACAGCCCGUACACACCCCUGGACUUCAAGGCCAAGUACAACCUCAGGGACUACCUCCGAGGCCGGAUGAGCUCUCUGAUGGAGCUUGGAUCAGUCAGCCUUGAGUGGGGAGGGAAGCUCCAGCUGGUUGUCAAAGGGAUGCAGAGCCGGGGCCAGUCCAAGAUGAAGUUUGAAGUGGUCACCCCCUUCAGGUCACUCCCCAAACUCUACUUCGGCUACGACAGUCAGUACUCUCUUGCCAGGUCCAGCGUUGAUGUCAUGUGCACCGUCUACGUGGAGUGGUCUCAGAAGAUUACAUUCACUGGAUAUUUCAAACACAUUAAUAGGAAUCUUGAUCUUUUCAUUGGCCUGACCAGUUCUUAUUCAUCUCUGGAAAUGUUUGACAUCUCCCUCAAGUCGAGCGACAACCGCAUUGAAGUGCAAACAACGGUGAACAAGGACAAGUGGAAUGUUACUUGUGACUACCAGCUCGUCCCCUUCUCUGUGACCCUCACGCUGAACACUCCACUGGAAGACUACAAGACCCUGUCCCUGGCUGCCUCGGGGUCCCUGCGGAGAGGUCACCUGUCUGCAGAGGCAGAGUUCACAUGGACCAACACAAUCAAGGUGCAGAUUGAGGCUGAACUGUGGGACCUUGAGGUGAAGCUUUACACUCCAUGGAAGCCAGUACAAGAAGCUUUCCUCAAGACAUCCCUAAGAACAGAGAGUGAAGCCCUAAUGUGGAUGGCUUCCACAGGCUGGGGCCAGUCCUCCAUCACCCUGAAGACGACCUACACCCCACAGCAGUUGAAAAUUGUGGCCGAGUACAAGAAAGAGGGCACAGAUGUCGGCCUCGUCAUGUUUGAGUUUGCACCGCUGACCUCCAGAAAAUACAAAGCCGCUCUGCAGGUCCGGACUCCUUUUGUCAGCUUGAAAUCUCUGGGAAUAGAGUUUGACAUCAAACCAAAGAGUCACGAGUACAUGAUUGACUUCAUAACCAGCAACUCCGAGCACAUCCUUCAGCUGACAGCCAACAGGAAGCAGGGCAAGCUGAGGGUGCACCUGCCCAUGUUUGGCAAGUUCAUGUGGACGAUGGAAGCAAAGGACGCGUGGCUCAGGCUGGACACUGAAGCCUCCCUAGCCCUGGGGGGUGCGGCCGCCCCCAUGAAGGCCUCCCUCAGCUACCUCAUCUCACCCGACGAGGGACACGCCAAUGUGAGCCUUAAGUCUGAGCUCCCUCACCAGUGGCUGGAGUCCCUGAGCCUGAACAUUACCGCUGACCAUGACGGCACCUCCACCAAGGCCGUCGCAGCCCUGGCCUGGAAGCUCCGUUAUCAGGAACCGUCGAGCCUUACCGCCGACCUCACUUCAGGCGUCAGCAAGAGGCAUCUCAACACACUGGUAAAACUUGAAGGUAAUUGUUUUGAGCAUCCCGUUGAGGUGACGUUCAUCUUCCCGUUGUUCAAUCCGCUCGUGAAGGAAGGAAGUGUUGAGCUUGUGUUGGUUUACGGAGACUCCCUCAAUAAGCUCCUGUAUAAAACAAGGAAUGAAGACAACUACAUCGCUCUCCAUCAGCUCGUAAUAGAUGUCCCCUGGUGGUCGUGUGCUGCAGAGCUGAGCCUCAAAGAUGACACUUUCAGUGGCUCCGUUUCCUUCCCCCACACCUCGGAUAAACACGCCCUCAUCCUCCGGUGGCCGCACACCAGCCUGGAACACUUCAACGCCAGCUUGGAGCUCCACCUCCCCCACCUGCCCGAGGGAGGCAUAAAGUUCAGCGGGAGUUUUAAGGCUUUGAGGAAAUUCUCCUUCCUGCUUGGCCUGGAGGCAUCGUAUGGCCAGAAAUCUAUAAAUACAGCUGGGUCAUUCCAGUACGUAAGGAAACUUCGGCAGCUGAAGUGUGAAGGGGAAGUUGUCUCAAACUGGGUUGGUGAUCACAGCCUGGAAGCCAACCUCCAGUGGCUCAGGAACACCAAGGCAGACAUUAAACUGAAAACCUGGGCCCAGGAGCACAACUGCAGCCUGCUUGUUGAUGUUAGCGACAACACUUUAGUGUUCAACUGCAGCUCCCCGUGGCUGCCAUACGGGAAGUGUUCCAUAAGAGGUAAAAUUAACACUGACCUGAGCAUCACCAAGAUUAAGGCCGAGGGGGAGCUGGAGGGCUUCAUGGAGGGCGAGAAGCUCAGCGUACUGGUCAGCAUCGAUGAGGAGACUCUGCCGGACGUGGUGGCCAAGGUGACUGUCAAGCAGGGCCAGCAGAAGCUGGUGUCACUCUCCUCAGGGGUCACCGUGAGGAAGGGUCUGCCGGAGGUCUGGACUGAGGUCAAAAUGAACGGUGUUUACCCGUACCUGAGGGGAAGAUUCCAUUUAAAAUUGGAAGACAAUGAAAACAAAAGAUCCCUGAUGGUGUCGCUGAUGGUCAGUUCCAAGCCUUACUCCCUGCACACCUCCCUGCACAUUGAGAGCAGCAAGGACUGGAGGAAGAGGCAGAUCAUACAGCUUUUCUUCCAACAAAAUGAGUUUGGAGUGUCUUCAGAAAUGGGUCAACUCUCCGGGGCAUUCCAGUUUAAAACCAAGUUCUCAGACUUUGAGUUGAGGGCGAGUUCUUCGUACUCCUUAUCAACGGAACGUUCCUUUAAGAUCUCCGUUGACAGCUCCAUGGAGGCACUGCAGAGCCUUGUGUUUGCAGCGUGCCUCCCCGCCAGCAGCAGCAGCAGCAGCAAGACAGAGCUGCUGGAGGUCUACUUCCGAGGGCGAGGGGACCAGGAGGUGAGGCUGAACCUUCACUGCUUCCCAGACCCCGUGAUGGGCUGGAGUGUCUGGGCGGCGCUCAGCACGCCCUUCACCAGGCUUGAGAGGUUUGAGCUGAUGACUCCUCAGUUUGGCUACCAGAGUCACAUUUUCCGAGCCUUUGUUGAGUUCCCCGGCCAGAAGGUGGGCAUGGUGCUGGCCAGCAAGUACAGGAACAGGCUGAGCCCUGACAUGCAGUUUAGUUUGUACUUACCAUUUGAAAAAUAUGACAUAAUUUCCAUGAAGAUUGUCAGGAAUGACUUGCAUUUUAAAAAUUACGCUGCAGUGGAGAUGCGCGUCGGGAAGAUGGGCUUCACCGCGUCCGUGGCAGACGCGUCGUACAGACACAUGAACAAGUAUGAGCUCCUUGUCGGGCUCAACGAGUGGAGCGUCAAGACCUGCCUGACGGUCCUCUGGAUGAGCGGCAAAGGGAAGCUGCAGGUGGACUUUGCACCGAAAGAUUUAGUCGGCAUUCAGUUCUUCUCGACACAGAUGAGAUAUCGCACGGACGAGGAAUUUUUCUUUGAUGCCAAGACAGACUCUCAAGAACUGUUGAAGGCACACUGGUCUUGGGGUGAGGCCAAGAUUUUCUCCUUGACAACCCCCAGAGUGUACCCCGGACACAUGGCCUUCCACCUUGAGUCUGGGCCGGAGGUGCAGGAGUGUCUGCUCCAGGCAACGCUCUCCACGGCCGCCGGAGGGUCUGGCCGCCCCUACGGCUUCCAGGUCCACCACAGGCAGCUGGCGGCGGGCCACACCAUUGCCUUCCUUGGCCUGGCCCCUGGGAGACAGGUCCGUCUGGAGGGGACGCAUCACAUGAGCUGGAGGCUGAUCAAUGAAAGCCUGACACUGGAGGUGGACAAGAGACAGGUGGGGUACACAGCCUUCCUGCAGCAGGAGCCGGGGCUCUUCAGCAGCACACACAGCGGGGGGCUGCUCCUGGUGCUGCCGGUGCACAGCGUUCAGCUCAGCACCAGGUUAGACUCAGCCGUACGACAAAUAGAUUUUUCAUCACAGUUAAAGUGGGGAAGAGGGAAGGCAUCAAGGAAACCUCUCAACCUGAAGGUGCAGUACAACGACUACUCCAUCCUGGGCAAGGGCAGACACCACCUGAGGGCGGUGCUGAGCCACCCGGACACCAGGGACAUCAGACUCCAAGCCAACCUGACCCGCAGCCUCAACUCCUCCCUGCACGGCGUGGCAGAACUUGUUGACGACAACUCCCCCGAGAUGAAGGUGGUGGCCACGCUGCAGGCCCAGCCAGCGAGGCAGGACGGGGAGCAGACCGUGAGCCUCAGCCUGUCCCAGCCAGCCUCCAACCUGAGCCUGCUGGUGGGGGCCCAGCUGAGGCAGUCCGCCACCCUCAGCGAGGCCCAGUGCCUCCUCCAGUACUACAGCCUGGCCUCAGAGGACUGGCAGCGCCUCAACCUCUCGGCUAGCCUGGAGGCCGAGGGCGGCAGGCGCGUGGUGACAGUGGCCACCGCGGCCCCGGAGGGGGGCUGGGGCCGCACCUGGAGGGGGGCGGUGGAGGGGCGGCCGGAGGAGGCGUCCGUCCUGGUGGAGGGAAGCUCCGACGGGCCCGGCGCCGCCUGGGGGCUGGGUGCCACUGUCAGGAGGCGGCUGCCAGAGCUGCACGUGUACCUGAGCCUUGGCAGCCAGCAGGAGGUGCAGCAGCAGGCCAGGCUCAGGCUGGGUCUGCACAGCCCCGUGGAGGCCGGGGCCGCCCUGGACCACUUCACCUUUGGCCAGUGGCACCGAGACUCAGCAGCCCUCGGCCUCAGACUCACCUCGCCUCACGUGCUCCAGGCCUUCAUGGAGUUUGACCCCUCCCUGGACUACAGUGCCGAGGACUUUGUUGCCAGACUGGCGUCACCGCUGCACAAAGUCACGUCAACCUGGCAGAGGGAGGCGGCUGCCGCCGUCCUGGGCACCAGGCAGUGGGUGCAGACCGAGCUUCCAUCAGUGUCCGGCGUCCUGGUCAACAGACGGGUCCUGGAGGCCGUGUGGAGGAGUGAGAGCACCAGCCUGAGGAGCUUCAUCACAGAGGCCGAGGAGGUGCUCUCAGAAGCCAGUGGCCACGGCUCCCUCAUGUGGCAGGAGCUGCUGUGGCCCAGGCUCCAGCAGGGCCUGAGGCUCAUCACUGCUGCGCACGCGUGGGCUGAAGACAAGCUUGAACACGUCCGCUACAACAUGUCGUGGCUGCUGCAGGAGUGGAUGUACGCUGCUCAGCUGAGGUGGAGGGAGGCCUCGUACAAGCUGUCAGCCCUGCGAUACAACCUCAACAUCUGGUGGGCUCGCACUUCGGCCAACAUGGGGAGACAGCUUCACGCCACCAUGUACUGGGUGGCGCGGACCAUCAACGGGGCCAGGGCUGCCGUGGACGAGUGGGCCACAGCGCGUAUGGCCACUCUACGGCCCCACUGGCAGACCAUCACCUGGACCAUGCAGAGGUACUGGGUGCAGCUGACCAACACCGUAACCUCCGAGUGCUGGUGGCCGGUGCAGCACGCGGCCGGCGAACUCAACCACUCACUGAUGCAGGGCCUAGGCAGCGGCUGGUCCACCCUCCGAGCCUUCCUGCAGCCUGAGACAACCCUUCCCGUGCUGUACAAGGGCUGGCAACACACCUCGGCCUGGGCGCACCAAACCCUGGACAGCAUGCAAGACACAGUGCAACAGCUUCAAGACUACGUACACGGCCCUACCCUCUUUGGAUACCGCCAGAAAGUGUACCAAGCUCUGAACACUGCCUGGGAGUACUCGCGACCUCCCCUCAGUGAUUUUGCACAGAAUGGGGUGUCAGGGCUGGUGCCUCACAUCACCAGAGCCGUGGACAGGUCUCUCGCCUUCCUUGGGCAAUACGUCAGCAGGAUGCAAACACACGCCACUCACGGCAGCCUGUACAGCAAGAUCAAUGCCUUCACCGUGGAGGCCUAUAACAAGGUGUGGGUGGCGUGGCAGCGCUGGAAGGCACAGAGCCAGGCCGACACAACCCUUGCCAACGUGCUGAGGGAGAUCAUCAAGAAGUCACUGGACCUCAACGACGACAUCUUCAUGAAGUCAUACGUCUUUGAUCCUGAGGUGGAGGGUCGAGUGUUGUACAACCAGCACCUGCCUGUGGCCUGGCCUUCCUUCCUGCAGACACCCCACUGGCACAACCUGGGAUGGGAGAGUGAUGUGGAGGAGGCUCAGAGGCUGCUGCAGGAGGGUGUGGAGGUGCCGGCCAGCAGGUGGGGAGCUCCUUGGAUGCGCGGCUCCCUCCUGCCUCCAUUUGUUGGCACUGCUGUCAUCUCGGGUCAGCACAUCACCACCUUUGACAUGGACCACUACCAGUUCCUUGGGCCGUGUUCCUACCUACUGGCGCAUGACUUCGUGGGCCAGGACUUCACUGUGGUGGGCGUGUACCAGGCGGAGGCAGGUGUGGUGGGGCUUGCCUCCAUCCAGGUCCUGACGCCGUCCAAGAAAUUCGUCCUCAGUGUGAAUGGCUCGGUGGACGCCACACGACCACAUGCUGAGGUGCACUCUGCCGGGGAUGUGAGCAGCCUCAAGGUGGGUGGGGUGCUGGUGAGCUGUGACCAGGUGAGCCACAGCUGCUCCAUCACUGUCUCCGGCAAGUACUUUGGCAGACUGGCAGGCCUUCUGGGUAACUACAACCACGAGCCGUCCGAUGACAGGCGGGGCCCUGAUGGCCAGGCCUCCAGCAGCCCGGCCCAGCUGGCCACCUGGUGGGCCAUGGGGGACAAGCCUUGCUACCAGGCCAAUCAGGCAGUUGAGGUGAAUGUUACCUCACCGGGUCUUGAUGUGGAGGAGUGCUCUCAGCUGUUCCUGAAGCCUGGCAGCCCCCUCAGCGCCUGCUUCUACGCCGUCAACCCCCGGCCAUACUUCAGCCAGUGCCUGGGUCCCCCGGGCCACAGUGGAGGGGAGGGGAGGGCAGGCAGCCUCUGUGGUGCAGUAGCGGCGUACACCACUCAGUGCCUGGCGCAGGGAUUCUGGCUGCCACGGCCAGACCAGUGCAGGGAAGGACGUGAGGAGCAGAGCCUCAGCAAGGGCCCUGUGCAGAGUGGCUCAUGUGAAGUGCCGGGAGGGGAGCCGGUGCCCAGCCGCUGGGCCAAAACCUUCCGUGGGGAGACGCAGGGCUCAGUCGAUCUUGCCUUCGUCAUAGAGCUUGCUAAUUGCAACAAGGGCAAGAACCUGCAGCAGCUCCUUCAGCUCGUGAAGGUCCACAUGAGGAGAGCUGGCAGCGAGGAUGUGCGGUACGCCCUGCUGACGGUGCAGGAGGGCAGCACCGGCCAUCCCUCAGCCUUCAUGGGGGAGGUGGAGAUGAUGGCCCUUCUGGGAACCCUCAACCUCCAGGGCCCCAAGGAUGACCUGGGCGGAGCAGCGGCCGUCAUCUCUGCUGCCAAGCGCCUCAGGUGGCGUCCUGGAGUGUCCCGCAUCAUCGUCCAGCUGUCCUGCCGCCCGUGUGACGCUGGGGAGGUGGUGCAUCAGGCCUUGCAGGAGAAUGACGUCAGCUUCCACCUCGUCACCAAGCACAAGGUUACGAUGGCCGGACCCAACCCCAAGAAGAGCAACGCCAUGGCUAAGAAACUGCUGGGCUUUGAUGACAAGUUGGGCUAUACUGUGAGAGACAUCAAGAAGUUUGCCGGGACAGAAAAACUCCGUACCGCCCUACAGGAGCCUGAGGGGUCGUGUGUGAGGGCAGCACAGGCCUCCGGGGGGUCUGUGUUUAACAUGAACAAGUGGAUCCCCAGCAAGGAGGUCCUCUCAAAGAAAUUCCUGCGAGUGCUGAGUCAAAGAGUUGCCGUGAGCAGCACCGCCCCAGAGUGCCAGAACUGCCAGUGCGUCGGCAGCUCCACAGAGAUGAAACUGCAGUGCCGCAAGUGUUCUGAUGAGUUCAGUGCACCAAUGGAGGGGUCAGCGGGGGUGCCAGAGCCAGCUGAGGGGAGCCAGGCAGCAAGGAGAAACUACACCAUCAAGGCAGACAUCAAGAAAGACUUUGUCCACCAUUACCUUGAGGCCAAUGCUGCCCUGAACGGCUUUGGAAGUGACUCGGCAAAUCUUGGUGACUCAGAGGAGGAGGAGAGCAUGAGCAGUGAAGAGGAAGAGGAGGAGGAGGAGGAGGAAUAUGGAGAGUAUGAGGAUGGGCAGAAUUAUGAGAACUAUGAGGUGGAAUAUUAGUUGAGAGAGAGAGAGAGUUCUACACAUAUAAGAAAAGGAAAUUAUACAUAUGAGAGAAAAGUAAAAAUAAAAGUAAAAGAAAAAGAAAUGUAGAGAUAUUACGUGUGUGUGUGUGUGUGUGUGUGUGUGUGUGUGUCAGAGAGAGAGAGAGAGAGAGAGAGAGAGAGAGAGACUACCCCCAUGUCAGUUUGUAGUCUUCACAAUUUUGUAAAAGUUUAAAUAAAGAACUUUUUUUGUACCAGAAGAAUUUUAUGAAACAUCUCAGAAAAGAAUGAUUUUAAUUGUUUUUGUUUAGUUCCCUGUGAUCAUCAGUGUAUUGCUUCACCAUAAAAACCAUUGAUAUCAUUGUUAUCAUUAUCAAGGCUCCUCAAUAUCCAUCCUAAAUUAACUUCUCUUGGCAACUCAUCCAUACACUGUUAUAGGGGGAAUGAUCAGCGAGCUUAAUUAUUUUUUCCUCUAUUUUUAUGCCCUUGAGCUCCUUCCUAUGUAAAAAUAAAUCAUUGUUGUCAUUGUAGCGUGGAAAGAAAAUAAUAAAUUAAAUAAAAGCUACAUCCCCUUCUGACGACCACUAUGGUGGUGAUGGUAUGUGGUAGCGUGGUAGUCGUCGAGCGCUGGUCCCGGAUGUUAAGGCCCUAGGACAAGUGGACACUCGUUCCGAAGUUUGUGACCUGGUGCUACUUCCACAUGUGUCCUUAGUUGUAUAAUCACACUCUGUACUGCCUGGGGGUUGGGAUGGCAUGCUCCUCCCUUCUCCUUUGUUGUUUUACUUGCAACAAUAAACUAUCAAUCAAUCAA